GUCCCGUUGGCACACGACGUAGUAGCACCGGCUGCGCCUGAUACAACUGAUGCUGCUGCGCCCGUACUUGGCCGGGCCGCGCCGCCUUCCCGCCAUGCCCAGCCGCCGGUCCUUCCUCUCGCUGCCCAAUAUGCUCUUUUCGCCGGCCUCUGCGCUGCUCAAGUCGCAUACGGAGAAGCGCGUUGUGCCUUUUUCGUGCCGCGAGAUGUACGACGUCGUCGCCAACGUCGACGCGUACGCGUCGUUCCUGCCGUUCUGUGUCUCGUCGCGCGUCGUGCGCCGCCCAAACGACAACGUUAUGGAGGCCGAUCUCACGGUCGGCUUUCAGAUCUUCACCGAGACGUAUCGAUCCCGCGUGCUCAUGCACGCGCCGCACAAGAUCCUCAUCACGUCCAUCGAGUCGCCCACGUUCAAGUCCAUCGAGAGCGAGUGGAGCUUCCGCGAGGUCUCGCCGACGUCGUGCGAAGUCAACUUCCGCGUGACCUUUGAAGUCGCGAGCAUUCUGCACUCGCAAGCGCUGCGCCUCUUUUUCGAUGACGUGGCGCGCACACAGCUCAACGCGUUCAUUGGGCGCACGCAAAAGCUCCAGAACGCGCAGCGCUUGGCGCCGCCCUCGGUCGCGUCGCCGGGGUUUCUUGAAGGCAAGAUGACCACCACCGACUUGGCCAACUUGGACAGCGUGUACAAGGCGCACGCAACCGCACACGGCAAGGAGCUGCAUUUGGAUGCGUUCAUUCUGGCGUGCCAAGGUCUGCAAGCGUCGUCGUGGGUGCAGGCGUCGCCAGCUCGCGAUGACUUUGGUCGCAUCUGCCAAAACAAGAAUUCGGCGCUGGCCUCGGCGCUCUUUUCGACGUUCAUGUUUCACGGCAGCGACGACCCGCGUCGCACGCGCGACUGGAUCACGUUUGAUGAGUUUGCCAUUGGGCUCUACUUGACGCUGCACGGGUCCCUCGAAGAGAAGUCCAAUUUUCUCUUUCACGUCAUCGACACGACCGGCGACGGUCUCAUUUCGCACGACGAGCUCACGCGCGCGAUGCGCCGCCGCCUCCAAGUGGUCAAAGGCAUUUUUCCCAUGCUGCUCCAAGAGCAAAUCGAGUUGCAGUGCGCGCUGCAGCCAGCAGUAACGACGAGUGCCAAUGACACGGCGGUGCGAGAUAAAGCCAUGAGACUCGGAUCCGAGGCGCUCGCCGACCUCAUUGAAGAAAUUGAGAAGGACAUUCCGCUGGCCGUGGACCAAAUCUUUCUCGAGGCCGAGCGUGAGAAGCCCGGUUUUAUCUCGUUGGACGAGUGGUGCCACAUGUGGCAGUCGCACCCGGAGCUCGUUGAAAUGAUGACGAUCGAUGGAAUGAAGAAGAUGAUGCAGUGGGCAGCCGUGAUCCAAAAACCGACCGACGCGCCGGCGUUCGACUCGCGCAUUCUCCACGCCGAUUGAGGUCGCCGUAGACGUAGCGACCUCAUCUCGCCAACGCUACUGUUGGUACCACAAGAGAAUUCGACAUUGUGGGAGUGUCGCUGUCUUGACUCUUGCGUUGACUCUUGUGUCGCUGCGUUG